AUCAAUUUGUCGGUUAGUUUGGUUAGAGCGUGCAGCGAGUAGUGAGUGAUUUCCGGAUCAAAUUAUUUUCUAGUCGUCUCUGAAAAUGAUAGAAUUUAAGAAACUUAGAUUUGUGAGCGGUUACAUAGUGCUUCUACUUAUCAACUUCUGUAACAUCCUCGCAGAAUGGAAUACAGAGGACUAUAUGAAGCGAGAACAUUCUCUGACGAAACCCUACCUAGGUUCUGGACUGACGAUACCACAUUGGGAUUUGCUAGGUAGCACAAUCGUCACUGACAAGUACGUCCGACUAACACCGGAUUCUAGAAGUAGACAUGGUUCGCUAUGGAAUGCAUCGCCUGUUCAAUCGAGGAAUUGGGAAGUGCAGAUAAACUUCAAAAUCACUGGUAAUGGUAAAGAUCUGUUCGGAGAUGGAAUGGUAAUCUGGUACACAAAAGAGAGGAUGCAACCUGGACCUGUCUUUGGGUCCAAAGACUUUUUUGAAGGAUUAGCCAUUUUUAUUGACACCUACAGCAAUCACAAUGGAGAGCACACGCAUAUGCAUCCAUAUAUUUCUGCAAUGAUAAACAAUGGAUCUCUGCAUUACGACCAUGACAGGGAUGGAACGCACACCCAGAUGGCUGGUUGUGAAGCCAAAUUGAGAAAUCUUCAAUAUGAUACCCACAUCUCCAUCAAAUACCAAUAUAAUGUGUUGACAGUUUCUACUGAUUUUGAGGGUAAAGCUGCAUGGAAAGAGUGUUUUACGGUGAAUGGUGUCAUGCUGCCCACUGGAUAUUAUUUGGGCAUGUCAGCAGCCACCGGUGACUUAUCAGAUAAUCACGAUGUCUUAUCUGUGCGAUUCUAUGAAUUAGAUCUUCCCGAUGAUCCUAAGGAAGACAGAUCUCAUAUCGUACCUUCUGCAUCUCACUUUGAACCACCAAGAGAGCAUGUUGAUGACCCUAAGCCAGGAAUGAGUGGUAUCAAGCUGUUCUUCAUAAUGUUCGUCUGUAUGAUCGGUCUCAUCAUCGUCGUUGUUGUUGGAAUAAUGCUGUAUCAAAAACAUCAAGAGAAUUCCAGGAAACGAUUUUACUAGUCUGUGCUCAAUUCGUGUUAUUUAUUUUUGGGGUCUUCAUUGCUCUUUUUCUUGGUGACAAUAUUUAUACCGAUGGGAGAUUGCACAUGUCUUUUGAGUGUCCUACGCAACCAUGCGAAUCCAGUGCUGUAUUAUAUUAAUUAAUUUUUAUUUCAUCCUCGGCUCGUUUUUCGGUUUGUUAGUUUUUUUGGUUUUGCAACAUUCUUAAUCUUUUUUUCAGUCAUUAUCUUAACUUUCUCAUUGCUCAUGAUAGUUAUCUGAUUUCGCUAUCUAAGAGGUACUCAGUCACCAGGUUGUUUUGGUCUUAAACUUGCACAUGUGUUAUUCUAAAUGACUGUCGAAGAUAUCCCAAGAAGGUAAUAACAGCGUGAUUUUAACUGUUCUUGUUAUGGUUUUCAUUGGGUUGUGCUCGCACUGUUAACAUUAAAUUAUAAAUUCUGUAAUUUGUGAGUAGAUUAAAUUAAAAGCAUGCGUUUUAUAAAAUUACUGCCACAGUACCUGGCAAGUCCUGGUUGAUACAUCUUUGGCUUACUCAUUACGAUGAUGUUCUUUGCUGAUUAAUAGGGAAAGCUAGGACUGGCAAUCAGUUUAAAAAUAUGCUUCAAUGUAGGAGGGAAAACGAAGAUUGAUUCAACAAAAUGGCUUCUCGGAAUGUUUUUCAACAAACAUUAACCACAUAAAAUAAUAUGGACGUUGUUUUUAAGUACCCUUGUAAUUUCACUGUUUGGGUGAAAUUCAGAAAGUAAAACACAAAGUCAGAAAACAAAUGUGAAUCAAAAUUGCAGUCCUUUCUUCUAUUUCUUUUCAUGUGGAAUUACCCAAGAGAAAUCUACCAUUCCUGAUAGUACUAUUUAUUGAAGCUGUACCCUCCGGCAUUGGAAUUUUUGUGAAGUUAUAAGUUACGUGAGAGUUCUUUUUGUAAAAUCUGCCGUGCUAAGUAGAAAUGCUGUAUAAUCAACUGAAUGCUGCCAAAUUUUCUCUAAGAAAAUACCUAUUUUUGAAAUAAGCCAUGAAUAUUUUCCCUUGAAAUUUGCAGACUUUUUAGAUCAAAAUAUGAACGAAAGCCCCUGAAAAAUUGAAGAAGAGAUAUCCACAAAUUUUUCUGAAAAUUCGUGAUUUGCUGAAGGAAAUUUUGCAACGCCUGGUAGCCUAUACGGCGUUCUUACUAAGCAUGGCAGAGAUGUAAACUAGAAAAGGUCCAUCCAUCACCUCUGUUAAUGUACAGUGUCUCUAGUUUUUUUUUAUUUAUAUUCUAAGGAUGUCAGUUGGUUUCACUUGGGAGUAUUUAUUUGCACAAGGUCCACGAGACAAGGUCUGAAUUAAAAGAAAAACAUGACAUGUAAUAUCUCCAAAAUUUCUUGUAGAAAACUAUUCACAUGUCAAACGUUCUCACAAGAGAAAACGGGUUGUAAAACGCUUUAAUUACGUUAUUUAGAGGCUCAUUAUUAUUGUCAUCUACUUAUUCAAUUCCACAUUUGGGGAUCUUUACUCAGUCCGUCCGUUUGUAAAAUCUUGAAGCCACUUAAUUUUUUUGCAAUGAUCUAAGAGAAUAUCAUCCUGGAGGCUUUUGCAUCCCCCCUGUAUUGUUUUCCACCGGUAUUUAAUUUUGGACAGAACGUGUCCAGGUAGUCAUUAUUUUAGGUAUAUUCAUAUGUAAAAGCAAUUCCUAGAGGAGUCCGUACCUCGCAAGA